GGGGGGCUCGUCUGAUUAAGGGGCCCUGAACCAGGGAGCGGCGGAGUCUGAGAAGCCAGCAGCUCGGGGCUCGGCGGCAGCGGCCUCCUCGGCCGAAGUUGGGGGUGGUGGGGCGCCGAGCGCGCGGGGUCGGGGGGCGUCCUGGUCUUUGGCUCCUCGACUCGGUCCUGUUUCGACAGCGAACAUGUCUCGGCCUGUCAGAAAUAGGAAGGUCGUUGAUUAUUCACCAUUUCAGGAAUCCGAUGAUGCUGAUGAAGAUUAUGGAAGAGAUUCAGGCCCUCCAGCUAAGAAAAUUCGAUCAUCUCCCCGAGAAGCUAAAAAUAAGAGGCGAUCUGGAAAGAAUUCACAGGAAGAUAGUGAGGACUCAGAAGAAAAAGAUGUGAAGACUAAGAAGGAUGAUUCUCAUUCAGCAGAGGACAGUGAAGAUGAAAAAAAAGAUCAUAAAAAUGUGCGCCAGCAACGGCAAGCAGCCUCUAAAGCAGCCUCUAAACAGAGGGAGAUGCUCAUGGAAGAUGUGGGCAGUGAAGAAGAGCAAGAAGAGGAGGACAAGACGCCAUUCCAAGGGAAUUCCGGCAGUGAUGAGGAUUUCCUAGUGGAAGACGAUGAUGAUAGUGACUAUGGCAGUUCAAAAAAGAAAAACAAAAAGAUGGUUAAGAAGUCGAAGCCUGAGAGAAAAGAAAAGAAAAUGCCGAAGCCCAGGCUAAAGGCCACAGUGACGCCAAGUCCUGUGAAAGGCAAGGGGAAAGUGGGUCGCCCCACAGCUUCAAAGGCAUCGAAGGAAAAGACUCCUUCUCCCAAAGAAGAAGAUGAGGAACCAGAAAGCCCUCUGGAGAAGAAAACGUCUUCAAGUCCCCCGCCUGAGAAAUCCGGGUAUGAAGGGCCUGAAGAGGAAGCCCAGUCUGGGGAAGAUUAAAAGUGAUGAUGGUCUGGGGAGAGAUUUUAUUUAAAAAGAAAAAAAAAAAAAGAGA